UCUCACUCCAACUUCGUCUCUCCUCACAAUUUGGAUCUCACAAUUUCAAAAGCACACGAACCAAACUCGAAAACAUGGCUUGCCUUUCUCUCAUCAUCCUCUUUGCCAGUGCCGCAUCCACAUCUGCUGGAGCAUUUGCCGGCACGGCGCCAGGAUACUCCAAGACUGUCAGUUCUCGCGGGGCAUCCGCAUUGCACGUUGCGACUUUCCCCGACAUGUCCUCAAGCCGCUGGGAGGAAGACAGUAAAGAGGAGCCAGUUGGCGAGGACUUGGAGUAUGGUGCAUCACCUUUCUUUGCAUCCUUGUCAAUGGAAGAGUUGAAGUUUGAUGUUGCCGGAAACAAAAGGACCCGGAACUUGGCAAUGGGGCAGAACCAGAACCAGGGCGGCCCGUUGGCUCCUCUAGUCGUUCUAGUGAAAGAUAGCAUGGGACAGCAAAAGUUCAAUUUCUUGCGAGGAAAGGUGAUCUCGCUUCAUACCAUGGUCAUCCGGGCGUUCGUAAACACGGCCGACACCCCCCUAGGGGAUAUUGUUUUGAAAUCUCUUUUCUUGGCUGUGGAUACCGAUGGCGAUGGCUUGAUCAACGAAACCCAAUUGGGAGAAAUGCUGCACUCACUCGGUUUCACUUGGAUUAAGGAGAGGCAGAUCAAAGGGAUCUUCGAACGUGCCAACGUGAGAAUUGAAAAUCAUAUUGAUAUCGAAGAGUUCGUCAAGGAGGCGCCCAAGACUCUAUCGACCAACUUGAUCAAACUGGCCAAGUCGAACGGAGGCAAAUUGGGUUUCCUUGCUUGAUUCCCCGUACCUGUCACCUUUGAGCGGUGACGACGAUCAAGUCAUACUGACCGAGUGACACCACCGUAAACAAAAAGAGCAAAGGCAAGAAGGACAACGGAACCAGCAUAGUUACAUAUACAAUUAAAUUUAUAGAAAGAGAGGCAUAGACAACACUA